CUUGAUGCUUAACAUAUGCACAAAAAUGAGUCCAACAAAAUUAUGUUUGAUGAACCAUGUCACAUUUCAAUUACUUUUCCUAGAUUUAUUUUAUUAAUAAGGACCUACAAAACUGAACAUCACAUCUUCUUGAUUGAAGAUCCUCUGUCAAAACAAGUAUUAUCAUUAAGUAAGCCAAAGUUACGAAAAACACAAGGAGGGAAGCAAGAGAAAAAAGUUAUCCAUCCGUACAGCAGAAAAGCUGCACAGCUUGCAAGAGAAGCACACAAACAGGAAAAGAAAGAAAAGUUGAAGACUGACAAAGCUUUGCGUUUGAGUAUCAUUGGAGAAAAAUUGGAAUGGUUUCAAAGUCACCUUGACCCUGAUAAAAUUGAAUACACAAAGAAGGAAGCUGGUGAACUAAUUGAAAAUUACAUGUGUCGAUUCAAUGCUGAAUUGGAGCAGAUUGAGUUACAAAACAGUAUUAAAGGCAGACAAGGAAGACAGCACGGUUCACGGGAAGCAGUCAUCAAGCAGACCAUAGAACGUGAAAGACAGCUCUAUGAAGGCUAUGGAAUAGAAAUCCCAGACAUUAUGAACAGAAAGCAUCUUAAAUAUUUCAGAGAAUGGGAUGGUGAUCUGAGGAAACUGCCAAACAUCAAAAUGAAAAAGCUCUCAGCUAUGGACGCUGCUUGCAGUCACCCUGAGGUGGCAGAUAUGGAAGCUAAAGAAGAAUCAAAUAAAGCAGAAGAAUCAAAUAGGGCAGAAGAACUGGACAAAGCAGAAAAACUGAAUAAAUCAGAAGAGGUGGCCUAAUGAGCACAGCUGAUUCAAGAGCUGAAACAGCUGAAGGGAAUUAUAAGAAAUCUAUUUUAAUUACCACUGGAAACAAGAGUAAAUUCUAACUGUGUUUGCAUAGGCUUUUGUAGUUGCAUUUUUAUGAGCUCACUGUGUACCUAUCAUAAAAAGUAAACAGUAUAUUAUUGGAUAAAGUUCUAUAUUAUUAGAUAAAAAUUUUGGAAUAUAAAUAAAAUCUUAAUUGUGUCCUUCUCAUAUGUGCCUUCUCUUUAGGAUGCGGGGUCCCAAGUUGACAAAGCAAUUUUAGUCUAUACCUUGAAAUCCUGACUGGUAGAGUACCUCUUCCCUGAUCAUUGAGCAGUCAGGAUUCUGACACCUGUUAGAGAUACUCUGUGGUGGGAAAUCCUUACCUUUUCCUGGUAAUAGCCAAGAAUGUAUGUAAUUUAGCAUAUAAACAGCAGGUACCUUGGUAAACAGCAGACCCAGCUAGUGGCAACUUUUAUCCAUCCCUUGUAGUGGUGGCUGGGAUGUCUCUAGGUGCAUGCAGUUUUGAGGAGAGCAGUCUCACAAAAUCUCAUAAAAUCCUGUACUGCGUCACACAGAACAUUUACCCUGGGUGUGAGAAAUGUUCUCCUAUUUGGUGGAAAUGUAUAUGCAGAAGGUGAGAUACACAGAGCAUCAGUUAAUCGUGAACAACUCUUCUCUUGUCUGAGAAUUUGUGUCAAGAACAUAAAGAGCUGGGAAGACUUCAAUAAAAUAUUGCGUAUUUUGUAUUUCAUCGAGAGCAUUUCGGAGAAUUACACUGUCCUUACCACUCGGUAUUGACGAAUUCAGAUCAGAAGCCAAUUAAAGUUUCUACAGUCGCUUUUAAAA